AUGGUGUUGAGGUUGAGGACUGAUCCUUGCACCAGAGCAGCUUUCAGCUUCUUCCUAACCUCUCAGCAUCUUCACCAGAUCGAUCACCAACUACCGGCAAUCAAAUACCAAAUGAGUAACAAAGAAAUGCAGACCAGUUGCUUCAGUUCCGCUGUUGUUGCUCACGGUAUUGACGUUCGCACAGUUCUCUGA